AUGGAAACAUCAUUGGUUUUCUUUUCUCAAUUAAGUAUGUGCGAACCAAAAGAAAAAACUAUUUUCAAGUUAAUACACGGUUCAGGAAAAGAAGAAACAAGCAAAGAAGCCAAAAUCAGAGCUAAGGAAAAAAGAAAUAGGCUAAGUCUUCUGGUGCAGAAACCUGUGUUUUAUGAUGAUACUCCCUCCAGUAGAUCUGGGCAAUUGGCCAAAGAAACAAGAGUCUCCCCUGAAGAAGCAAUAAAAUGGGGUGAAUCAUUUGACAAACUGCUUUCGCAUAAAGAUGGACUGGAGACUUUUACCAGAUUUCUUAAAACUGAAUUCAGUGAGGAAAACAUUGAGUUUUGGAUAGCCUGUGAAGAUUUCAAGAAAAGCAAAGACCCUCAACAAAUAAUUCGUAAAGCAAAAGCAAUAUAUGAGAAAUUUAUACAGAAUGAUGCUCCACAAGAGGUUAACCUUGAUUUUCACACCAAAGAAAUCAUCUCCAAGAGCAUCACCCAACCCACCCUCCACAGUUUUGAUGUUGCCCAAAGCAGAGUAUAUCAACUCAUGGAACAAGACAGUUACAUGCGUUUUCUGAAAUCUGACAUCUAUUUAGACUUGACAGAAGGAAGAUCACAGAGACCAACAAAUCUUAGAAGACGAUCACGUUCAUUUACCUACAAUGAAUUCCAGGAUGUGAAGUCAGAUGUUGCCAUUUGGCUAUAA